ACUCUUUAGAACUCUCCAGAUUUCUUUAACACUUCAUCAUUUCAUAGAACACUCUAGACCCCCAGAGUGACCUUCUUAUAUAUAAAUCCACAAGCUGCAAUGCAUUUCUCAGCAAAUCUUGAAAACCCCACAUUUUCAAUCUGCAUUUUGCUUGAACUUUACUAUCUUUUGAGCUUUUUAACAAGAAAUUGUGAAUACCCUUUACAUUCUUUAGUACUAAGAAGGAAGCUAUGGAUGAGGAUUUUGAGUUUCCAGUAUCUUCUUCUAACAAUGCUGCUGCUGAAGAAAUGGAUAUGGAUAUGGGGAUGGGGGUGGAUGAUUUCUCUGAACCUGACCCGAUUAUGAAGGUUGAUGAAGAGAAGGAGAUAGGGAAAACUGGGAUAAAGAAGAAGCUUUUGAAAGAAGGUGAAGGUUGGGAUCAUCCUAGUAAAGGAGAUGAAGUUGAAGUUCAUUAUGUGGGUACAUUGCUUGAUGGAACUCAAUUUGAUUCAAGUCGUGAUCGUGGCACCCCGUUCAAGUUUAAGCUUGGCGAAGGACAAGUGAUUAAAGGGUGGGAUGAAGGUAUAAAGACAAUGAAAAAAGGGGAGAAAGCUUUGUUCACUAUACCUCCAGAUAUGGCAUAUGGUGAAUCUGGAUCCCCUCCAACUAUACCUCCGAAUGCCACUUUACAGUUUGAAGUGGAAUUGCUUUCUUGGAUUAGUGUCAAAGACAUAUGCAAGGAUGGUGGAAUAUUCAAGAAGAUACUUGUCGAAGGAGAGGGAUGGCAGAAUCCGAAAGAUCUUGAUGAAGUGUUUGUUAAAUACGAGGCUAGCCUUGAGGAUGGAACAGUUGUGUCAAAAUCCGAUGGAGUGGAAUUUACUGUGCAAGAUGGCUAUUUCUGUCCUGCUUUGUCGAAGGCUGUUAAGACGAUGAAGAAAGGAGAGAGAGUUUUACUGACAGUGAAGCCACACUAUGCAUUUGGAGAGACGGGUAAGGUGGCAAGCGGAGACGAAGGUGGUGUCCCACCAAAUGCCAUCCUUCAAAUAAAUCUUGAAUUGAUUUCUUGGAAGAUUGUCUCUGAAGUAACAAAUGACAAGAAGGUUCUGAAAAGAAUUUUGAAGGAAGGAGAGGGCUAUGAGCGCCCAAAUGACGGUGCUCUUGUAAAAGUGAAAUUAAUCGGAAAACUUCAGGACGGAACUGUUUUUGUGAAGAAAGGACAUGAUGAGGAGGAGCCGUUUGAGUUUCAGAUAGAUGAAGAACAAGUAGUCGAUGGACUAGAAAAAGCGGUGAAAAAAAUGAAGAAGGGCGAAAUUGCUCUGAUAACAAUUCAACCAGAGUAUGCAUUUGGUGUAUUCGACUCUCCUCAAGAAUUAGCUAUUGUUCCUGGCAAUUCGAUCGUGUAUUAUGAAGUUGAGUUGGUGUCAUUUGUGAAGGAGAAGGAAUCCUGGGAUAUGAAUACUCAGGAAAAAAUUGAAGCUGCAGGAAAGAAAAAGGAGGAAGGAAAUGUAUUGUUCAAGGCCGGGAAGUAUGUGAGAGCAUCAAAGAGAUACGAAAAGGCCGUGAGCUUCAUCGAAUAUGACUCCUCGUUCAGUGAUGACGAGAAGCAGCAGGUAAAACUGCUCAAAGUUAGUUGCAAUCUGAACAAUGCCGCGUGCAAGCUGAAACUGAAGGAAUACAAAGAAGCAGCAAAACUCUGUUCUAAAGUCUUAGAGAUUGACAGUAAAAAUGUCAAAGCUCUAUACAGAAGGGCUCAAGCUUACAUACAACUCGUCGAUUUGGACUUAGCAGAACUUGAUAUCAAGAAAGCACUUGAAAUCGAUCCAGAUAACAGGGAUGUCAAGUUAGAAUACAAAGUUUUGAAAGAAAAGAUAAAGGAGUACAACAAGAAGGAUGCUCAAUUUUAUGGCAACAUAUUUGCAAAGAUGAACAAAUUAGAGCAAAGUGGAGAAGCAAAAAAUGAGGCAGCACCAAUGGCUAUAGAUAGUAAGGCUUAACCAAGUACAUGACACAAAUUAUGGGAUUAAUGUCUCUUCCAUAGUGUGCAGUCAAAAAGACAUAUAUGUAGUUUUUGUUGUCAUUGAACUUGGUUGUACUUGAGAAAGUGUUUUGAGAAAUGCAUAAUAAAUAAUCUUAUCUUUA